AAAAAAUUAAUAAAAAAUGGAUUUUUGAAAUCAGUUUUAAUAUUUGAUACUUGCGAUCAAAUGUUGAUCGAAAUAUUUAUCUUCCAUAGAAGUUAUAAAUUUCUUAUUUCUAAAUAAUUUUCCAAAGUAUGAGCAAAGUUAAGUUAGGCAGUCCCAGUGGAGAUGUGUUGAAAGAGUACGCAUCGUUACCAUUUUCCGAAUUCGUCAAAGAUUCAUCUGCAAUCUUAAGUAGUUCAGGACCAUUAGAUUCACCCGAAAAGCACCCCCAAUCGCCACUAAAACAUGACACAUCUGCUUCAUCACUUCUUUUGGGUUCAAAAAGUGAUGACAUUUUAGAAACUUUGAGUUCCAAAAUACAUGAUAAAAGACGUGCAAAAAAGAUUUUGAGAAAUGGAACGUGGCCACCGGAUCAUCCAAUUAGGUACAAGUUGUGGAAGUUGCUUGCGGAGUUGUUCUCCAAGUUGUUUCAUCACCAUGAAGUUUACACUGAUGCUCUUAGAUGUGUCUUUGGGGAUGAAAUGGUUAAUAAUGGAAUAGAGAGCAUAGUGACAUUGUCGUUGCCAUCAUUUGUUGAUAGAAGAUUCAUCUCAACACAUUACUUAUCUUCGAAAGGGGUCCAGGCGGUUCACCGAAUCAUGGUAGUUAUCUCCUUUGAAAGACCUGAUGUCAUCUACUGCCCAACUCUGUUCUCACUAGCAGCCAUCUUGCUGCACUACUUCUCAGAAGAAGAAUGCUAUUCUUGUGUAAGUUCUUUGGUUACAAAGAAAUGUAAAGAAAGAUUUGUGACACAGUCAAGAACGGCCUAUGAAGCUAGUGGAUUUGUGUUUAAAAAGUUGGCGCUGAAGUAUUGUAAAUCAUCGUGUCACUACUUAGAGAGAUGUGGUGUUGAGGUGGAUGCAUUCUUUGAGGAUUGGAUAUUCUGGGUUCUCAAUCAUCUACCAUUCGGACAUCUGGUAAGAGUGAUAGAUUGUUACCUGUACGAAGGACCAAAGAUACUGUAUAGAGUGGGGCUGGCUAUUUUGGUCAACUUUCAUAAAAACAGAGGUGUUGAUGAUGAUGACCGCUCUGAACCACUGAAGGGUCCAGAUGUAGGUAAGAGGAUGGAGCUUUACUGUGCCAGCAUCAACAUUACUCCUAAUAAGUUACUCAAGACAGCAUUUGGUUUCCGGGGACUAAGUCGAUCACUGAUGAUGCGUCUAAUCACUAAACAAGAGAUGUGCGUCUCGUCACGUGACAAUGCCGCCAUCUUGCAAACGAACGUCCCCUCGUCGACCAGCACCGGUUCUCUGAAUAUGCUGGUAUCAACGACAACGAAUAGUCAGUUGUUGUCCAGGAAAGAGCGCAUUUAUGAUUGGCUGCCCACGAGAAUGACCUUGAAACGACCUAACCUCAUAUUUUCCACGUCAGAGCAUGGGACCAGCCUGAUUACUUUUUAUAGCAAGAUCGAAGGUCAUGACCCGACCUUGAUUGUGAUUCAAACAUCAACUGACGAUCUGAUUGGCUGCUACUGUACUGGGGACUGGAUAGAAAGAAGAAAAAAUUUAGGAUCUUCUGGCACUAAUUCGAAAUAUUUCGGCUCCGGGGAGAACUUCGUGUUUACCUUACAUCCCAAAACAGCAAAAUAUGGCUGGGUUGGUUUGAAUGUGAAGCUGAAGCCAGGCGCCUCUUUCUUUGCCACUGGAGAUUCUUCUAGAAUCUCUAUUGGCGGGGGAAAUGGUGAGGCCAUAUAUUUGGACGACUGCCUAUGUAAUGGUUCGACGAAUCACUGCGAUACGUUCGAUAAUCCACCCUUGGUGGUCGGGGGUAGGUUCAAAGUUCAUAUUCUUGAGGUCUUUGAGUUCGUCUGA